GUCUAGUCUUUCACCAGUCUCCUCCUGUUCCCGCCUCUGCUCAACUCUCUCAGCUCCUCUGAACGCAGAGCAAGACCCAAAACUUUGCGCAACCCCCCGCCCCAAAAAAGGACUAAUUUUGAGAGAAUGUCACAGCGUCUGAGCCCGUAUACUCCGAUUUCGGAGAUCAAGAAGAUGAGAGAAGGCUCUAGAGUUGCAAUUAAUUUGUUUGCGAAGAUAGCCGAGGCUGGGAUUCCGAGAAUGACCAAGGGCAUAGGAACUGAUUAUUACAUCGGCUUCAAGCUUGCUGACGGUUCUUGUCAAUUUGGAGUGUCUAUCACUAUUUUUGCUCCGACCGUGGCAGAUUUGCCACGCAUUCACUCUGUGGGAGACAUAAUUUGCCUUCAUAACGUGGAGGUUAAGGUUUAUAAAGGAGAGAGUGGAGAGAGUAUCUUUUGUUCCUUCAACAAACGUAAAUCCUCAUACGCGUUCUUUGACAAAGAAGGAAGUACGGGUGUUAUUCCUUACAAAAUCUCUGCAAGUUUUCGAGCUACUAAUUAUGUGAGCAAAUAUUUAGAUCAGCUGCGGUCAUUAUCACUCGAACAUUACCAACCAGAUGCAAAUCGUCAACAGGAUGCAAUUGUUAGCUUAUUACUUUUAAAGGAGCUUGAAGAAGGGAAAGUUUGUGAUAUCCUCUGCCAGGUUGUCCAUGUUUGCAGAAUUCCUAGUGGUGAUGGGUUAAUACUUUAUGUAUGGGAUGGAACCGACACUGCUCCUGUAACUUUUAAAUCAAACCUAAAUAUUGAGGAGAGUACGCCUACUCCUAUGCAACCUGAAUCAUCACCUUUGUCAAGUGAAAUUUUAAGUUCAUUUCCACGUAUCGGGACGGUCCUCAGAGUAAUUGCACCAAAUGAUUUUGAGCAUAUAUUUGAUGUACCAGGUCGUGAACAGUGGAUAAAAUUUUGUAAUGUCACUUGUGAAUUGCGGUCAGAAAUUAUGAUAGGUGUCAUGAACGCUGAUAGUAAAGUCUUUAUUUUGUCUGAUGAAUAUCAGAAUGUAAAACAUCGCGAGAGGAUUUAUAAUGAACGGAAGGCAUCAGACUUGGGACAAAUCCCUUUGACAUGCUCACUGCAGACUUCUCACGUUACUGUGACUGACUACGAGACUGUUCCAUAUUCGACCUUGAUGGAAUCCAUUUAUUCUGAGGAACUACUGAGCAGUAAAUGCGUUGUUAGAGUGGUAGCGUCCUUACCUUGGCGCGGUGAACAUCUUCAUUCCGUCAACAGAUCUGUUCGUGCUCGAUUAACACUUGAAGAUCCAACAGCAAGACUUCAUGCUUAUAUCUAUGAAGAAGACUGGGUACAAUUUAUUGGGCCUGAUACGGGAGCUGAUGAUAUAACUAGAAAGAUGAUGAAACUGUUGGGCAUCAGAAACCCUCCCACAGGAGAGAAGGAGAUGGCUUUGAGGAAUCCUCCUUGGGUUAAGUGUUGUUUGAGGAAGUUUCAUCGGGAUGAAAAUGAUAAAGUCGGGACCAUGAGGUUUCAAAUAUUUGGAACUAGGCUAAUAGGGGAUGCUGUUAAUGACCAAGCUCAAGGAGAAGGCGGCGCUCAGGUGGAAGUAACAGAGGGGGUGACCGCGGAUAGGCCAAUUAUCAUCGACUGACAACGAUGUUGUUAAAACUUGUGUUUUGAUAUUUUGUCGGUGUAUAUAUGCACGGAGGUAUUAGGGGUUAGGAGGCUUUUUUGUGAUGUAAUUAAAUGCAGUUUAGAGAGACACCUUGGAGUUGGAGGUGCAUCUGUUGUUUUGUAAAAAAAAAACCUUUUUUGGUAAAUUAGCUCGAGAAACGCACCACUUAUAAUCAUUAAUUGACGUUAAAAUGCCUGUUAGCUUUGUA